GGUUAGGGGUUUGGUAACUUUGGUUUGAUCACUUUUCUGGUAUCGUAAAAAUCAACAUAAACGACACCGUAUGUAGAAGACUGGGUCAAAGGUCAAAAGUGUACAAAAGAAAGAUCAAUGAGGGGUAUUUACGUCAAAGCGAGAAGAUAUAUCAAUGCCACCGCGUCUGCGUAGCGUAGCAUAGCAUAAUAGUCAGAGACGACAUUUGUCUUGUGUAGAUCAAUUCUCAUUCUUCAUUAAACAAACCGAGGAAAGAAAAAAAGGAAGGGAAAAUGGACGCCAUAGAUACCGUCUUCGAUCCUUUGAGGGAGUUCGCCAAGGACAGCGUUCGUCUCGUCAAGAGGUGCCACAAGCCCGACCGCAAAGGUUGCUAUUCUUCCCCUUCCCAUUCCUCUGACAGGAGACAGGGACAUGAGAACCGAUUUAUUCAUUCCUCAGCAUAAAAUCAAGCUUGCACUUGAGA